AUGUUUACCACCAUUCAUUCAUCUUGUGCAAUUAUAGCUGUGAUCCUGGGUCCAAGCAGGUCCAAGCCAGUGGACCUAAGGAAUGUCAGCAAAGUGACAGAGUUUAUCCUAGUGGGCUUUGAGCAGAGCUCCCCUUCCACAAGGGCAUUGCUCUUUGCCCUCUUCCUAGCCCUCUACAGCCUUGCCAUGGCCACGAACGGCCUCAUCAUCUUCAUCACCUGGACAGACCCCAGGCUCAACAGCCCCAUGUACUUCUUCCUUGGCCACCUCUCCUUUCUGGAUGUCUGCUUCAUCACCACCACCAUCCCACAGAUGCUGAUCCACCUGGUGGUCAAGAAUCACACUAUCACCUUUGCCUCCUGCUUAACCCAAAUGUAUCUGGUUUUUGGAGUGGGUGUGGCUGAGUGCAUUCUCCUGGCUUUCAUGGCCUAUGACCGUUUCGUUGCUAUCUGCCACCCACUUAGCUAUGCCCAGAUCAUGAGCCAGCAGGUCUGUGUGAGACUGGUGAGUACUGCCUGGUUCAUCGGGCUGAUCAAUGGCAUCCUGCUUGAUUACAUGACAUUUCAUGGUCCAUUCUGUAGAGACAACCACAUAGAAAACUUCUUCUGUGAGGCCCCCAUAGUGAUCACCCUCUCUUGUGGAGACCCCCAGUUUAGUCUGAGAGUGAUCUUUGCUGAUGCCAUUGUGGUGCUGCUCAGCCCCAUGGUGCUCAUUGUCAUCUCCUAUGCCCGCAUCCUGGCCUCCAUCCUGGGCAGAGCCUCCUCCUCAGGUCGGGGAAAGACUUUCUCUACUUGUGCCUCCCAUCUGACUGUGGUCAUCUUUUUCUAUACCUCAGCCAUGUUCUCUUACAUGAACCCCCGCAGCACACACGGUCCUGACAAAGACAAGCCUUUCUCCCUCUUCUACACCAUCAUCACCCCCAUGUGCAACCCCAUCAUCUACAGUUUUCGAAAUAAAGAAAUGAAAGGGGCCAUGGUGAGGGCCUUGGGAGGACCAGCUUUUCCCAGGCAGAGUCUGUCUAGUGGGAAGACUCCUGGAGGGGCAGCCUCUUCCUCCAGCCCUGACAGAUGGGUAAGUCUCUAAUGCUAAAAGGCUCCAGGAAAGAGCAUUCAGAGCUUCCUUUGUACGAGCAUCAGACCCGGAAGAUCCUACUGAUGUCUGAUGCUCAUCUGUCUGACUUGACUUUAAGCACUGUUUUCUCUUGGACCUUCCUCAGGAGAAGCCAAGACUUUCCUGAGUAAUUUUCUUCUAUGUUCUCACAACAGGAUCUAUAAACACAUAAGUUCACUUAACUCCAUUUCAUUUUCUUUGUAUAGUACUUUUACAUGCUAGUCCCAGCCUGAGUUCCACAUAUACUAAAUAUACUAAAAAGGAGUAAACUUUUUUUCUCUUUCAACAUCGUUUUAAUCCAUUUUUCUUUCUCAUACUCCACUCUCACGUCCUGAAUCUGCCCUCAUCCACCCUCCUCCUAUAUGAGAAACAGAAGGGGAAGAGUAAGCAAAAGGGAUUUAGGGAGCAGUGUUGACAUUAAGAAAAGGCAGCUAGAGAAAAGAAGAAAAAGAAAAACUAAGAAUCAGCAGCCUGAACUUCAUCUUCUUAGCCUCUACUAGCCCAUGAGGGAGAAUUUGUGGUGGCAUUAAACUACCAACAUACCAAUUUAUGUUUGUGCAUGUGUGUGUUGGGGAAGGGCAAGUGGGAGAGGCCAGGUCUCAAACCCCCUCUUCCUAAGUCCUCUAAUUUUCUAAAGUCCAUAAGUGCUUGAUAUUUCCCUUCAGAUGCAAGUAGCUUGUCAGACUGUCAGUUUCCUUCCCUGGUACCCAUGUCCCUAAUUAACUCCCCUCUGUCUGCUGCCUUUGUUUUUCUCAAACAUCUUUUAUUUUAUUCCAUCUCAUUCUGAUUCCACCUCACCUCCUCAUCUUAAAUGGACCGAUUUCAUUCCCUGUACUUUAAGGUACCCCUCUCCACACUACCUGCACCACUGCAGAAGGCUUUUUGUUUGCAACCCUUCCUGUCUGGUUUCCUCUCGCUUCUCUCCUUCACCAAACCCAGUGUCCCAUGAAAGGGCACUGUGUUCUCAGCUGUUCUGUUUCUUUGAAAAUUGCAUCUUUCUCAUGCUCCUUUCAUAACAGAGAGGAAAGAAAAGGGGAUAGGCCUAUGCUAUAGUUUUCUGGUGCUACUUCCAUAAGAUGAACGCACCUCACUUGGGAUGCUGUCAAACAGACUACCACCCU